AUGGGAAGAGGAGUACACGGUGCGUGUCCAGCUUCAGGACCGGGUGACUGAGCUGCAGGAGGAAGCCCAGGAGGCUGAAGCCUGCCAGGAGGAGCUGGCCAUGAAGGUGGAGCAGCUCAAGGCAGAGCUUGUUGUCUUCAAGGGACUGAUGAGCAACAACAUCACGGAGCUGGACACCAAGAUCCAGGAGAAGGCCAUGAAGGUGGACAUGGACAUCUGCCGGCGCAUUGACAUCACCGCCAAGCUGUGUGACGUGGCGCAGCAGCGGAACUGCGAGGACAUGAUCAAGAUGUUUCAGAAGCAACUGGUCCCAGCCUCGGUGGGGCGGAAGCGGGAGCGCAAACAGGUCAGCGACGAAGACACCUCGCUGUCGGAGAGCGAUGCCUCCCGAAAGCCUGAAGAGGAAGAGGAGGAUGAGACCACAGCCAUGAGCAUCAACGAAGAAAUGCAGAGGAUGCUGAACCAGCUGAGGGAGUAUGACUUCGAGGAUGACUGUGACAGCCUCACGUGGGAGGAGACGGAAGAAACGCUGCUCCUCUGGGAGGACUUCUCCGGAUACGCCAUUGCAGCCGCAGAGGUGCAGGGGGAGCAGCAGGAUGACAGCCUGGAGAAGGUGAUCAAGGACACAGAGUCGCUGUUCAAGAGCCGUGAGAAGGAGUACCAGGAAACCAUUGACCAAAUAGAGGUGGGAGGAGGAGGAGGAAGUGGGGAGNNNNACCGGCACCUGCACGAGUACAUGGAAAUGUGCAGCAUGAAGCGAGGCUUGGACGUGCAGAUGGAGACGUGCCGGCGACUCAUCACCCAGUCUGGGGACAGAAAGUCUCCUGCCUUCACCCCGGCCUCCAACAGCGAGUCAGCCCCGAACGAGGAGAGCGAGGAGUCUGACCGUGACCCCCCCAGUGACGCUUCCAUCAGAUAA